AAUCCGUUAUUUCACGGCAGUACGGAAGUGCGCUGACAGUCACCAUGGAUACCAUGCCCCCCACCCCCCGCGUUGGUUAAGUCCUUUUUGGGCAGAAUGUCUUUCCAUGUUGUCUGUUCUUAAAAUGUCUGUUUCAGCUUUCGUAAUUGCAUUAGCACCGCGCCAGUGACAGCCAUAGGUAGGCUUUCUGUGAUUGUGGGCAGCGCCGUGUGAAGGAAGGGGAGGCUCUACCGUCCGAGGAGAGCACCAGAGAUACUGCAGAGACUAAUCAGACGGGGAAUGGAAAUAGUCUGAAUCGACUCAACCUCAGCUUUUACGAGCCGACAUGGAUCCUUUGCGUGCCUCAUAGAAACCUCCGUGGAGUGCCACGCCCAUCACCUUCCAGUCCAGCUUCAUCCGCCCCUCCAAGCCAGCUGUCUCCCCCACGUGCCCUUUGGUGCUGACUCCACCCCUUGCAGCGCGGUGAACGGGAGAGGACGAGUCGCAGGUGUGGCGCGCCCGAGCCAGAGGCCCCACGGAGAGAAGGAGUGAGCCUCGUCCCUCCUCCAGACCACCCCCCGCCCCCACGCUGCCAAGAUGUCAGCCAGAGAACGCAGCCCACGCCACCGGCCCUGGUCGGUGUACCGUGCCAACACGUUUGACCUCUCCUCCGAGGUCCUGGGACUGACCCUCGCAGGAAACAGCCUGGAUCCGGAUGAGCCUGUGCUGGAGUUCAGUAUAGCCUGCAGUGAGCUCACCACUCCAUCACUGGACCGUAAGCCAAACAGCUUCGUUGCUGUGAGCUGCACCACACCACCCCAGGCCUUCUGGACCAAGCAUGCCCAGACGGAGAUCAUUGAGGGCACCAGCAACCCCGUGUUUCUGAGCAGCAUUGCCUUCUUCCAGGACUCCCUCAUCACACAACAGACACAGGUCAAACUGUCGGUGUACGACGUGAAGGACCGCUCGCAGGGCACGAUGUACUUGCUUGGCUCAGCUCUGUUUACUGUGAAGGAACUUCUGCAAGAUAAGCUUCACAGGUUACACCUGAUGCUUAGAUCUGCAGAAAAUGAGAAUGUGGGCAACGUUACAGUUAUUGCGUGGCAGCUGGAAGAGAAGAGGGACCAAAGGCCGUCCAUGUCCAGGCUGCCUGACACCAUCAACGGCAGGAUGGUCCUCCCUGUGGACGAAAGUCUGACAGAAUCCCUUGGAAUCAGAGCGAAAUAUGCAUCCUUAUGCAAGGACACGCUGUUGAAAUGUGUGUUUGGCGGCACCAUGUCCAGGAUGUACCGCUUCCCCACCACAGACGGGAACCACUUACGCAUCCUGGAGCAGAUGGCCGAGAGUGUGUUGUCACUUAACAUCCCCCGACAGUUUGUCAAGCUACUGCUGGAGGAAGAUGCCGCCAGGGUGUGUGAGCUGGAAGAACUGGGAGAGCUCUCUCCUUGCUGGGAGAAUCUCCGGCGCCAAAUUGUCACACAGUACCAGACGAUCAUUCUUACCUACCAGGAGACCCUCUCCAACCUGCAUGACUACAAGGGACCCUCCUUCAAGGCCAGUAACCUGAAAGCAGAGAGGAAGCUGGAGUUCAUGCCCACUAACCUCCACGUCCAGAGGAUGAGAGUGCAGGAUGAGACAGGUUUUGAUCACACAUACGAUGUGGUGACAAUAGGGGCUCCCGCCGCACACUGCCAGGGGUUCAAGAACAGCGGCCUGCGCAAGCUCAUCCACAAGUUCGAGGAGGCCAAGAAGCACAUUUAUGAGGAGGAAUGCACCGCCAUGUCCAGCUCCCAGUCCAUUGUCUACAUCCCCCAGGACAUUGUCCGGGCCAAGGAGAUCAUUGGCCACAUCAACACCCUGAAGACACAGGUCAGCUACUAUGCGGAGCGGCUGUCCCGCGCUGCCAAAGACCACUCCGCCAACGGACUGGAGAGGACCCUCGCCAUCCUGGCUGACAAGACGCGGCAGCUGGUGACGGUGUGUGACUGUAAGCUGCUGGCCUCAGCCAUCCAGGCGCUGAACGCGGCGCGGCCUGAGUACAUCGCCUCCAAGGCCUCACCCUCUGCCUCUGACGCCGACCAGGUGGUGCUCCGCAACGACCAGGACACCCUGCUGGCCAAGUGGGCCGGUCGCAACAGCCGCUCCUCCCUGCAUGUCAACUGGCACGAGGAGGAGUGGGUGAGGGUCAGCGAGGAGAAGGUUUGGCUGAAUGUGGAUAAGAGCUUGGAGUGCAUCAUUCAGAGGGUGGACAAACUUCUGCAGAGAGAGAGGCUGCAGAGCACCAGCAGUGAGGAUGUGUUCCUGUGCGACCAGCAGGGCGGCACCAGCAAGAAAGAUGGCAGCCCCAGUGGAGAGGAGCCUUCCCCAGGUGAGUGGAGUGAGGCUCUGUACCCGCUGCUCACCACACUGACGGAGUGUGUGGCCAUGAUGAGUGACAAGGCCAAGAAGGCCAUGGUGUUCCUUCUGAUGCAGGACACCGCGCCCACCAUCGGAAUGUACCUCAACCUGCAGUACCGUCGAGACGUGGUCUUCUGCCAGACGUUAACGGCCCUCAUCUGCGGAUUCAUCAUUAAGCUGAGGAACUGUCUCCGUGACGAUGGCUUUCUGAGGCAGCUCUACACCAUCGGCCUGCUGGCGCAGUUCGAGAGCCUUUUGAGCACUUACGGAGAGGAGCUGGCCAUGUUGGAGGAUAUGAGCAUUGGGAUCAUGGACCUGAGGAACGUAACCUUCAAAGUGACACAGGCCACCUCCACCUCUGCUCCUGACAUGCUGCCUGUCAUCACUGGCAACAGAGACGGCUUCAAUGUGCGCAUCCCUCUGCCGGGGACCAUGUUUGAUGCACUGCCACGGGAGAUCCAGAACGGCAUGCUGCUGCGUGUUCAGCCUGUGCUCUUCAAUGUGGGCAUCAACGAGCAGCAGACACUGGCUGAAAAGUGUGGAGACACAUCCUUACAGGAGAUAAUCAACAUGGAGAGCCUAGCUCGUCUCAACUCCUACUAUGAGCAGUUCAAAGAAGUCUUACCUGAAGAUUGUCUCCCUCGCUCGCGCAGUCAGACAUGUCUCCCGGAGCUGCUGAGGUUCCUGGGCCAGAACGUCCACGCCAGGAAGAACAAGAACGUGGACAUCCUGUGGCAGGCGGCGGAGAUCUGCCGGCGUCUGAACGGUGUGCGCUUCACCAGCUGCAAGAGCGCGAAGGACCGCACGGCGAUGUCGGUGACACUGGAGCAGUGCCUGAUUCUGCAGCACGAGCACGGCAUGGCCCCCCAGGUGUUCACCCAGGCCCUGGAUUGCAUGCGCAGCGAGGGUUGCCGACGGGAGAACACCAUGAAGAAUUUGGGCUGUCGCAAGUACGCCUUUAACUCCCUGCAGCUGAAGGCUUUUCCCAAACAUUACAGGCCUCCGGAGGGGACUUACGGGAAAGUCGAGACCUGAUAGACCAGGCAGCAUCCAGACCUAAACAAUAGAUAGAGGGAAAAAAGUACCCACAGCUUAAUGUAAAAUCACCCUUAAUAUAACAGAUGUGAGAGUUCUGUGAUAUAUGCAUACUGAGUACUCAUUUUGAUAUAUACAUAUAUAUGUAUGUAUAUACACAGUAAAGCUUUAUGGUCUAUAGCAAACAGGAGUCCUUUGAAGGGCCAUCAUUGUAAACAACACAGCAGUGAAGCAUUCACAUUGCUUACACAUUGGAAGGAGUGGAGCCUCAUCCAUCUCACUGCAUUCUACACCAUGUUUAUUAAAGCACGUCCUUCAGUAGAGAAGAGUACUAGGCUACAUCUAGUAGUGAAUUGCUCCUUACAAAAGCAUAGCACUGUAUAGUGAUCAUGGGUGACAGCUAGCGCUCUGACUGAACUGAAAGGGUAUCACCAAGUCCUCUGGUGUAAUUGUAGUACUCCAGUCUUUUCUGGCCUGUUGAGGUGAGCUGUGGAAGCAAGACACUGCAUUGGUUCAUGGAAGCUUUCCCACCGUGUUCUAUCAAUCAUGUGUCGUCAUAGGGGUCCUACAAUGGUCACUGAACGGUCAAGGGUUUGAACUCUGUAUGGGCCUUUGUCUGUUUCCCUCCAACAAACAAGCUGAACUUUAGUUGUGCAAAUAAAUUCAAAUGUAAACUGUCUACAUGGUUAAGGAAACUUAGUCUUUGCAUUUGGCAAUUAAUUAUCUUAAUUCCAGAUUUUCAUAAAUUACACAGGACGAAUGUGUCAUUCUGGAAGGUCUAAACAUGGAGGCAACCAAUGAAGCUCAACAUUGUUUUAAUUAAAUAUGUUCACAUAUUCCAACUGAAUGAGUAUUGCCAGUAAACAUACUACUUACAGUCCAUUUCACGCUUUUAAAAGCUUGGCUGCUCAAGUUAGAAGAUGCUGUGACUGAGCAUCAUGUGGGAAGAGGAGCAGUUCCUCUUUGGGAUGGACUGGCAGUCAGAACGUAGUGCAGCCCAUAUUUUCCCCUCAAAAUUCACAGCAGAUGAGAACAACCUAGCAGAGGUGACAUGUACCAGCUACCCAUUCGCUGUCUGACUUAACGUACAUCAAACUGUAUUGACAGGAAUUUGAGUGGCCAGCAAGGGCCUUCAUUCAGUGGAGACAUGAGCCAUGCAUGUCUGUAUGCUGAUCUAUGGAGCUGAGAAAGACUGGAGUGUUCCUUUUUGCUGAGCUUGCAAUAGUGCUGUGUUCUGCUUUCUUCAAUAACAGACCAAAAAAGCAAAGUAACAACACACCAGUGAAGUGGCCCUCACCAGCACUGUGUAGGCUAGACACAGCACUACCCCUUUGGCUGUAUGCUUUGAGUUUGCUCCUUCAUUAGUCCUGGCCAGAACCCUGACCAGAACUCCCGUGGACUGAAAACCAAUCGGAGCUCCAAACACAAAGAGAAUCCACACGGCCAGCUACAGGAGCAUUUCCCUUUUUUUCUUUAUCUAAUAAUAGCUAAUAAUAGAACAGAAUUAACCGACACACACACACAAAUAUAUGUAUAUAUAGACAUGUAUACACCCAGUAUGCAUUUUUCUAGAAGGAAAUGAGGUAUGAGUUUAUAAGAUCUAUAAUGAAAUGCCUUAGAAUGUACCCAGAGAAAGAAACUGCCUUAAAAGUCCUCAGCAACCCCCUAUCAGACAAGUAAACCCCAGUGUUUGAGUGUUUCACUGUGCUGUGCAUACUACACCUCUCCCUAUUUAACUGUGUCUUUGAUGUUGUUUGUAUGAGAAUUACCACCUCAGAGCAUUUCAGUCUGGAAGAUGGCAGACAUCUUAUUUAUUUAUUUAUUUAUUUAUUUAUUUGGACAUCUCUUGCAGAUAUUCUCCAGGAGUGAUUUGUAAGAAUCUUUGCUUUAUGGUUGAGAAUGAAUGGUUAUGCAGGGUAACACUAGUUCCACUAGUCAGUAUCCCACACCCAUGAGAAUGAAAUUAGCGUCUGAUCUGAAGGUGACUGCCUUGGAUAAAAUAUCAGACUAGCCAUGCCCUAGGAGUCUGGUAUGUCAUCAGCUUCAUCCAACCAUGUCGCAUUCAAGCCAAUAUCAUUCAACAUCAAACCUCCGAGUUACAGGGCCAUGUGAUGUGAUAGGACAGAUGUUUCCUAUGUAACCAUCCGUGCAGUUUCACAGCAGCCAUUGCACCACAUCCAGGAAGUCAAGGGUAUAACCAAUGAGUGACAAGAGGGGGAGGGACCUCAAGAGAGUUGUGUGACCAACAACAGAAAGUAGCGGCAUUCAUCUGUUGGAAAUUAGAGUGCAUCCACUCACAGCCCAUUCUUUCUGCACUACAGCGGAAUGGAAUGGUGUUUGCUGACCACUUUUGAGAACAGUGUGGUGUAGUUCCUCAACAUCUUUUUUUACUUUAACUGUAAAUGAAUAACUGAAAAGUCUGCAGCUGUGGGAGCUGUAGUAAAUGUUUUUGACCAAGAUGCUAAUUCACAAAGAUUCAAUCAGAAGAGAGGACAAGGAACCAAUUACAGUAACUCACAUAUUGCAAACUACACGACCGUUAGAUUUCUACUAAUCAGAAUUAGGAGGCAAAAGAGGGGAUCACCUCUUUUCACCAGUACACAGUAGGCACAGUUAUACCUUUAGUGUCAUCACACCAGGUUCCUGGGGUGAGGAUGUUAAAAAUGCAUUAAAAUGUUUUGUGGUGUGUACCAUAUCUGCAUAAAAGUGUUUCAGUGCAGUCUGAGCCUAUACACAAAUGCAGAGAUCAGAUCACUUUUUCACUGAGGUACUGAGAAUUAGAAGAAUGUUAUAGCAAUCAUCUGCACAAAAGUAAGAGUAUUACAUUUUUAGCAUACUGUGUAUCUAUGCAUUUAUAUACUCAUGGCAUUUCCUCAUUUUGUCCACAUGGGGGUAGUGUUGCCUUUUGCAGGUGCAAUCAUGAAUUACGUAGUAGCCGUUCUACAAAGCAAUGAAGAUUUGGCCAGAUUGACAACACAAAACUAAAUUGUUUGUAUAAAUUACAAAAUUUUGCCAGAUCAGCAUAUCAUUUAGUGCAGGCGUUUUCCCACUUCCUGCUACCCAUAUUGAUUUGGUUUUUAAAAGCCCACUCUUUAAAAGAACCUACUUACAAGAAGCUACAUCUUUAGCUUUCCUCUGUAUGUAAAAUGCAUAACUGUUGGCAUUGAAGGAGGACUUUGCAGAUAUGUUGCAUGUAUUUCACAUUUCAUCAGAAAUGUGUGAAAUACUUCUAACUCCGUAUCGGACAACAGAUAAAGGUUUUGCACUUAUUUUGAAUGGGAUAGAAAGUGUAUUUAAAUGCAUGCAGCAAAGCUUUGCAUAUAACUGUGCUUUUAAAACAAGGUACUGAUAUACCGCUGCCCUGUCGAUAAGAUCAACUGUGAAAUGCAAAUUGUAUUAUGUUAUUGUAUUGUGUGCUCAUUUCCAGUCUGACAUUUCUGUGCACUUUAUUGUAAAUUAUUGAUAUAAUUUUUUGUUAUCUUGAGUGAUUUUUUUCUUUGUGUAUACUCACUGUAUAACAUAUAUGCUCUGAAAAUACUGUCUGCCAGGAUAGGCAUACACAUUGGAUUAUGUUUUGUAUUUAUCUAUUUAUUUUUACCGUAUUAAAUGCAUAUGUUUCAGCAGGAAGUUAUCUUUCUUUGGGUUUUGUUGUAAAAUGUGCUUUCC